ACUUCACACAUCCCGAAUUUUCUCGACUGGGCUAUAGAAAACGUCAUGGAUGAUUUCAUGAAUAUUGAUGAGGGCAAUGGAGCCAUUCGCAAGAAAGGACGGCUACACAAAAGCACAGGCGGAAAAGGAGCCAGUGAAGUGGCAGAGCAGGAUUAUGAGACUCUGGAGAGUCAAGUGAAAGAUGGAGAUGGCAAGGCCGCCCGAUCUGUAGAGGGGUGGAUAGUCAUGGUGACCAACGUUCAUGAAGAAGCAACUGAAGAGGAUCUGCACGACCGAUUCUCAGACUAUGGGGAAAUUCUCAACUUGCACCUUAACCUUGACCGUCGCACGGGAUACGUUAAAGGGUAUGCACUAGUGGAGUAUGCAACUUAUCCAGAAGCUAAACGAGCCGUUGACGAAGCGAACGGAUCGACCCAUUUGGAGCAAGUUUUGGAAUGUGAUUUUGCAUUUGUAAGACCCCCUCCAACGGGGCCGAGGAAAAAAGCUGGCGGCAACAGGCAGGGGAGAGGGCGGAGCGCUAGUCCCGGUCGGCGAUGACU